AUGGUUGGCCCUAGACCCCAGAGCAUGUACCAGCAGCAAGACUCCUGGCGUGCUCCCGGCGGCGAGCCUGCGCCGGACUACUUUCCUCCUGACUCAGCAGAGCUGCCGACACCUUUUGCCCAGGACGCUGGGCCUUCUUCUUCUCCGACGACUACAAGCAACGAUCAGGCCCAGCCUGAUCCUUGGGCCGAAUAUCUGUCUGCCCCGACUAACAAGUGGGGCCAUUCCUCCUGGGAGUGGCGUGGGGAUGGUUGGGACAGCUGGAAUUGGCGGUCAGAGAGCACUCGUGCCUACAAUCAACCACGUGGGGGAAACACGUGGACGAGACAUGCGAGCUGGGAUGGCACUUGGGGAAGUGCUUCUACGGGCUCUGGUGGCGACGGUGGCAUGGAGCACAACGAGGCGAAGCAAGACGACGGCUCGGCCCCUGCAGGUGGAAAAGGCACUACAGCGGCCGGGAGGACCUCGUUGACCCCGCCGACUACGACUACGACUCCGGCGUCUACACCAGCGGCUAUGUCUACAUCGCGCGGAGAAGGCGGAGAAGAAGCAAUGCGGGGAACAGGUCCUUCAGAACGUAUGGUGGUCCCAAGCUUCAAUGGUGGCACGGGCGAUGACGGUGAGGAGUUGGGGACUACAGCCAGGUCGUACCUCCGUCAGGUGGCAGCCUGGCAGAAGAUGACCCGUAUCAGUCCAUGCCGUCAAGGAUUGGUACUCUACCAGAAUCUUUCCGGCAAGGCCUGGAUCGAGGCUGAAAGGCUGGACCUUGAGCUUUUGAGCUCCAGCAACGGCGUCAGCCACCUGGUGGAAUGGAUCAAGGAGAGGUAUUUGGACGUCCAGGUCACCCAGGUGGGGCGUGCGCUUUCUGACUUUUUCAGGAAGUUACGUAAGAAGCCUGGACAGAGCAUUCGUGACUAUGUUGGUGAGUACGAUCGAGCGCAAGCUCGACUCGAGGAGUGUGGAUGUUCCCUGCCGAACAUUGCGCAGGCCUGGGUGUUCAUCGACCGGAUGAAUCUUGAUGAGCCUUCAGAACUCAACCUACUUGCAUCAGUAGGAAAUGUCUAUGAUCUUCGCAAGCUCCAGCAAGCUGCUAUUAUUCAAGACAGGGCAUUGCGGAAGCCUUGGGAAACUUCCAAUAGUACCAAGCCCUGGGCACGCCGACAGAACCAGUCGGCGCACAUGGCCGAUGCCCUGGACACCGAGGAGACCCACCAGGACGAGUUCGACUUCCAGGAUGGCGCUGAUGAUUCGAUCCCGGAGCACCUGGCCGAGGAGCUCUUCACUACCUUCAUGUCGCACGAGACGGCCAAGCAAAAGUACAGGGACAACCAGAAAAAUCGUGGCACGGAUCCCCAAGCCCUCAAGGAUAUUGCAGCUGAGCGUCUCAAGCAGAUGAAGGCGCGCUCCUUUUGCGCGGGCUGCAAGAGGAGAGGCCACUGGCACCGUGACGAGGCCUGUCCAUUGAAUCAGGCGAAGAAGAACAAGGAGGACAAUGGUGAUGGAGAUGACAACCGAGCCCCCUUAAAGUCCGCCUCCAUGACAUGCAAUGUGGUACACGUGGCUUGGAACAUGGACAAGAAGGACCUCAGCGCUGGCUUCGAUGCGAUCACCGAUACGGCUUGCAGCAAGUCUGUUGCAGGGAACGAUUGGAUGGAGGAAUACACCUCCCGUCUCGAGGACAUCGGGGUAAAGCCGCAGCUUCUCACCAAUGACGAGUACUUCAGGUUCGGUGCCUCACGGGUGUUCCACUCCACCAUGGCUUGUGUCCUCACUUUCAGGCUUGGAAAGGCAGUCAUCGAGGUCAAGAUCGCAAUCGUACAAGGGGAGUUGCCUUUGUUGCUCUCGAGGCCAGUGCUUGCCCGUUUGGGCAUGGUGAUGGAUGUCGCCACGAAUCGUGCAGAUUUCAAGAAGGUUGAUGCCUACGAUGUUCCUCUGAAGGUGACCGAAAGCGGCCACCCUGCUUUGCCGCUGUCGACCCUGAAAGGGACGCCUACCAAGGCCACAGCCGCCUUUUGGGCCGCUGAAGAGAUCAAGAUCCAUGCGACCGGCGCCCCAUGCCUUUGUCAAAGAACUUUCUCGCAAUUCGUGAUGGCCACUCCUCAGACCGCCCCCGCGAAGCAGCUGGCGAUCUCCGCGAUGAAGAAGCCGGAGCUCUUGGAGGAGCUCAAGCGACACGGAGUACCAGUUCACCCGAAGUGGACAGUACCGGAACUCCGCAGCGUGCUGGGCGAGGAGAGGGCCAAGAAACAAGGGACGACCCCACAAAAGGGGCUGAGCAGCAUGACCCUGGACGAGCUCCGGACUACGGCGGCGGAGCUCCACAUCGACUACCCGAAGACCGCGAACAAGGGGGCGCUCAUGAGGAUGAUCAGGGAUACGAUGCAGGAUGUUUCCGAGCGCUUGAUGACCUUCGGCCGGUACAAGGGCUACCUGUACCGAGAAGUCCCUCCCGGAUAUCGACGAUGGGCGCGGGAGGAGGUGGCACGAAACACCAACGCCUCGAACGACCUGGUGAUGUUUGCUGCUUGGUCGGAGAGGGAGCUGAACUCCCAGACCCCGGCCGCCUAUCACGAUCCAGAGGAGGCGGCGGUGAUCCCGUACAACCCGGAGGACGAGAGCGCCUGGGACCUAGUGACGGACCCAGAGAAGGGAUCAUCUUCCACCUCGACAAUGCCUGCCAGGACCAAUGCUGUGGGCCUACCGUUGAGGGGCGGGUAUGCAGCAGUGGGGCCGCCCGCCCGGCCGAAUCUGAUGAUGCCGAAGGCCAAGAGCGUACCGAAGGCAGCGAUCCCACCGCCUACUUACACCAAGCGCCGCGAAGCCCCAGAGCCGGACCAGAUUGCCAUGGACCUCGAGCAGAAGCGGAUCGACGACCAAGUGGUGGAGGCACCGGAUUCCACCCCAACACGGCAAGUGAUUGACGAGACCCACGGUAGCGACUACUGUGGUGGCGACGCCUACGACGUGUACUACGAGGAUUUCCUUUCUGCUGACCAGGUGGAGCUUUGGAAUGCACAGGGGAUCCCCGACACGAACAAGGACCUGCCUGUUGAGAUUGCUGCCUCCCGCGCCCUCUACGACAAGGAUUUCACCUACGAGACGAUGUUAAAGGUUUCGGACCUACUUCCCGACUCGGCUGUGAUCCAACUUCGUAUGGGGGCGACUGGACGCCCUAACGGCAAGACGAACAGAGGCCUUGUGGGAGGUGCCUGGGCCCAUGGAAACAAGGCUGGCGUGACGAACAACCUGGGCCAGUACCCCCAGCUCUUCAAGUACAUCAACGCUUGGGGCCAUCACCACGGCAUUAAAGGCUGGACCUCUGUGAUGCUGACCAAGAAUGUGGCCCACCUGGUGCAUGCGGACAACCACAACCUUCCAGGCUACCCCAACCACACGACCAGCUAUGGCCAAUUCGUUGGCGGAGAACUCUGGGCCGCCCUGGAGAACUAUGAGGAAUCCCAUGAUUAUAAGGUGGUCUGGAAGCAAGACAGAAACGGCAAGGACCGCCCUGGCGAGCUCAUCAACACCCGUGAGCGGAUCAUCGAGUUCAACCCGAAGAGGCUCCACGCCACACAGGCUUGGAGCGGUUCACGGUGGUGCCUCACCUUCUUUGCCUCCCGAGGUAUCACGAUGUUGGCCCGACGAGAACGCGAUCUACUACAACAGCUUGGUUUUGGUCUUCCAGACCGACGGUGCACUCCCCCGCUUUUGCAGGGCGAUGACAAGACGCGGACAACCAGCCGGCCGCCGAAGAGGAGUGCCCGCAAGCUUAUCCAGAAGACGGCCAAGAGGCUCAGUACGCUUGCUACGUGGACCAUCCUCGCUGCGAUGAACUACACCGCGGCCCAUGUCCCUCUACCUGGACGCGCAGAAUCGGUGGCUCUGUGCGAGGUCGGAGGCACUGACAAGACCGAGGAGCUAAGCACGAUGAACGAGUUCUUCGCCACCGAGCCUAUCGAUACCGACUUCCUGGUUGGGAACGAAGGGAGAGAACGAGCAGUCGAGGUCAUCAGAGAACUCAAACCGGCGACCCUUUGGAUCCACGGCGGAAACGUCGCGGAUACCGGCGAUAUGAUUGUAGAGCUUGUUGAGGAGCAGAAGAAGGCCCUGGGGAGGAUUGUCAUCGAAGCACCCUCCGAUCACGCCUUCUGGACUUCGCCCUUGGCAGCCGUCUUCUACGACGACCCUACCGCCACAGUCUCUGAGGAGGAGAACAAUAAGACCAUCGAGAUCAACGGUACCAGCGCGGCAUGGAAACAGGCGGUGGUCACCGGGAACGAGGCAAGUAUUCCGGUGUACAUGGCCUCGAGCGACGAACGGCAACAAGGAGCUGGCCGACGAGAUGAUGUUCACCUGGGAGCUUCAGGAAUCUCCUUCCCGGGAGAACCGAGAGUGAAGCCCGAAGUGAGCUCUGCCCUGAAGCGACUCCACGCCAACUUGGGGCAUCCUUCACAAGCUGAUCUGACCCGCCAUUUACGAUUAGCGGGAGCCGGACCUGAGGUGAUCCAAGCCUCAAAAAGACUACAAUGCGAGACGUGCCAGAGAUCCAGCAAGGGUGGCAUUGCACGCCCAGCCACUCUACCUACGUUGCUGGCUUUCAACCAGGUGGUGGGCGUCGACAUCUUCUCAGUGACUGAUGCCUUCGACGAGAGGAUUGAGAUGAUGUCCAUCUAUGAUCACGGCACAUCUUACCACAUCGCAGGACCUCUACAAGGACAUAGCACCGAGGCGAUGGAGCAGACGUUCUGUGAGCUAUGGUCCCGUACGUUUGGAGCGCCUGGGACGAUUGCACUGGACCUGGAAUCUGGACUCCAAGCCGGUUUGGCACGAUACAGCUCUUGGCACGGAUGUCAUCUUCGUCCCAUUGCGGGCCAAGCCCAUUGGCAACUUGGUGCUACAGAACGUCAUGGUGGGGUUUGGAAAGCCAUUUGGAAACGGCUUUGCGAUGAUCUUAGCGUUGGGGAGGGCGACAUCUCCCUGGCUGUCGCUGCAGUCAAUCAAGCGAAAAAUGAAUUGCGGCGCACUUCGGGCUAUUCCCCAUCACAGGCCGUAUUCGGCCGUGACCCAUAUGUUCCCGGUGAGUUGCUCGACGAGAAGGAUGGGGAACAACAAGAGCAGCUUAUCAACCAAGAUCUACAACGAGGCCGCGAACAUGCGAUCCGGAUGGCCGCACGUGCUGCCUACUUCAGGGUGCAGGGUGACCAGAAGCUACGCCGGGCCCUGUUACAGCGCUCCCGUGUGACGGGCGAAGAGCUGCAUCCCGGAGACUUGGUGUUCUUCUUGAGGAAACCUAAGAAUUCCAAGGACUGGUCCUGGAAGGGACCUGGAACCGUGGUCGGGACCGAGCACAAGAACCUGUGGAUCUCCUUCGGCGGGCGGUGUCACCUUGUCGCUCCCGAACAUGUCAGACGGGCCACGAAUGAGGAAACCGGGAACGCCUUCAUCCUGAAAACCAACCGCGACGACCUACAGCGAUUG